AUGCGUCUCUCCAAGCUCACCUUUCUCUUGCACGCUCUCCUCCUGACCGCUGUCGCGGCUCAGACCAGCGAUUCCAGCGAUCUCCUCAGCGAUCUGACUGGCGAGUCGAGCACCAGCAGCCAGACCUCGGCCGAUCCCACCACUUCGACGACCAGCGAACCGACUUCGACAAGUACCACUAGUACCAAGGAAUCUACCACUUCUUCUACCACCAGCACUACUACUAGCGAGUCCUCUACAACCACCACAUCGGAUACCGCCCAGCCCACGACAACCUCGACAACCUCUUCCAAGAAUCAAGAGCACAACUCUUCCAAUGCCGACAAGACCACUUCAGCUGAAAGCUCUUCGACUACUCAUUCGAACGUAGUCAAGACGAUCACGGCCGAGGUCACCGUCAGUGGAACCACCAAGGCCACCGUUAUAACCACCACAUCCCCUCAGGCUGCCGAAACUACCUCGCCCUCACUCAACGAUAACAGCAGCAGCUCGUCCAGCAGCGGUUUGUCGUCUUCGGAAAAGAAGAUUAUCAUCGGUGUCGUUGUGGGUGUUGGCGGUGCAAUCGUGCUGGGUGUUCUCGGUGUUGUCAUCUGGCGUAUCCAGAAGAAGCGCAACGAAGCCUACAACGACGAGGAUGACGACCUGAUGGGCGGCACCGCCGUCGGCUCUGGCCCUCGAGAGAAGGCCCCUAGCCCUGCGGCUAGCGGCACUCCGUUCAAGAGCACACUCGACCAGUAUCACAAUCCUGGCCCAGUAAACGCUGCAUCAAACUUCUAG